AUGACGAUAACUCCAAAUGAUGCAAAGUUCAUUACCGGGUUAAGCAUAUAUGGUAAAGACGUAAAUUACAAAGAAUACGUGCAAGAGCUUUACUGGGACAAGAUUUACGUGUUCACCAAGAAUGUACUCCAAUGGGAUGAGGAGAUUAACAAGUCACAGAUGCUAGUAGGAAAAGCAAAGCAGAGGAUAUUUCAUCUCUCGAAGUUGAGGGACCUCUUCAUGCGAACAAAGAAGCUUUGUGUUGAGGGAAAAGAGGUGACCAAGGAACGUAUCUUCGCCACGGCCAAUGCGUAUGUCCUCGACAUCAUGGGAUCUGUUAUCUUUCCCGAUGUUUCCGGUGCCCGUGUGAACGCCAACUUUAUUCAGUUGUUGGAACCAUUUAACAAGAUUCACGAAUACUUUUGGGGAACUGCCAUCCUUGCACUCUCGUUGAACGAGUUGAGAAAGGCUUCUAGGGCUGAAUGGAACCAAAUCGGAGGGAAUAUGGAUUUUCUGCAGGCGUGGAUAUAUUUGCACUUCCCAAUAUUUGCUGAAAGGGCUUUUCUGAACAAGGAAUGGGACGGUCACUUUUAUGGUGACAUGUACACCUACAACAGUAAGGAAAAGUUUCAAGAUGUGGUUUAUCUGAAGUUGAGACGCCAGUUGGAAAACUUGACGAAGAAAGAUGUCGUCUUUGACCCUUACAAGAAGGAUUUGGACAAAAGAAAAGGAAAGAUGGUUGGGUGA